AUGACCGAUACCCAGUAUAGUCCCCUACCGUUUAAGCUGGACUUGUUCGACGCGGAGGUCUCGGAGCAGGAGCGUCAGCAGUUGUUUGCGCUUUUCGAUGAAUUCAGUGAUCGUAUUUCACGUGAUGCGUAUGACUUAGGUUCCUUCCUGUCGCCUCCUCCUGGUCCGUCCAAGCCGUGGACGGCCGCGUCUCUCAGUCAUGACGAUACCAGUUGGGCCAGUUUUUCAGAAGCGUCAUUAGCAUUCGGCAGUUCAUCGCAAUCAUUCUACAACGAAGACCCUUCUUCCCAUAAACGUUAUGGUAGGAAAAGGGGUCAUGGUGCCGCGAGGCGCCUGGCGCGACAUGAGCAGUCCCCAGUCCGCGACGAAGAGUUCAUAUCUCGACCGGUACGCAUACCGAGCGAUUGA